UGUAACGUAUAAUAUCUUCUUGAGCUUUAUCAAUUUGCUUUAUUCUGUUUUUGCAGUAAUUUAACUUUAACUUUAACUGAAUGCAAUUAUAUUUGAAGGCGUCGAUGUCUGUUAGAGGAUUUUACUGGUGCAGUACCCGCUUAACGUAACGUGCUGCGAAACGAAACAGAAAGUGCAUGGCGGUUUUAAGAAAGUGCAAUGACUGUCCUAAGGACGCCAAUAAACAUUAUGGUUUGGAUUUCGGGGGCUUUUAUUAUUGCGAUUUUAUGCUUAGGUGUAAAUGGAUCUGUUGAUGUUCAGUGGCUUCCUUGUCAGUUUGUGGAUGAGAAAGUGCACGUGAAUGAGGAGGGCCACAUUGAGACUCAGUUUAUCUACAGAAAGGCGGUGAUUCAGUUUGGUAAUGUUGGUGACAGCCCUUUAUACCCCACUAUAACCUUUCUUGUUACUGCUUCUAAAGUAGAUAUGAGGCGUUAUGUGGAGGGAGGCGAUGACACAUUAAACUGUGAGAUCCGUAGAUACAGCACAGUAGAUAAAGGGCAUGUAAAGCGGUGGCCUACUAUGGGAGCACAAGAGUAUGAUGUCUGGUUCAGCUGUACUUUACGUCAUACUAAAGGCGAGUUCAUCAUCACCACUUUCCUCAGACACACACCUUCUGAUCCUGCAAAAGGAAAGGUGGACUAUCUACAAUGGUUAACAGUUAAUGAUAAGGAUCUUCUUCUAACAUCAGCUGUGAUGGUUGUCCUGACACGGACCCCUUCUGUAGAAGUGGGUUUUCUGAAGGAACCGACUCUAGACUGUCAGUUUGCAGUGGAUCACAAGAAUGCCAAUGUAACAGUGGACUGGAAACUUCAGAGAAGCCACGGGAAGCGCAGCCGGCUGUUUAGCUACACCAGCCGAACAGGGACAUCUGAGGGUACAGGAGUGUCCAUCAAAGACAUCGGUGGUGGAAACGCCUCCUUUAAACUUCUACCCACCAGAAAAAAUUCAGAGGGCACUUACAUCUGCUCCAUUCUCGUCCCUCCUCUUCAUGGCAGCCAUAAUAUACCUCUUCAUCUAAGAGAACAACCCCGUGUGUUUUUGAAUGUGGGCUCUACGUUGUCUCUGACAGUUGGUGAGGGGCAUAAGGUUACGUGUGAUGCAGAAGGAUACUAUCCAAUGGAUGUGAACAUUGAAUGGUUACGAGAACCAGUCAGUGACAGCCCCUCACCUGUGUUCCUGAAAAAUGUUUGGCACUCCAGUCAUCGGUUUCACCACAAUGGCACAUACUCGCUCUCAGCCUUUCUUCAAUUACAGCCUGGCCUGGAGGACUCAGGAUAUAAGUACACUUGCGAAGUAUCCCAUACGUCUUUGCUUGUUCCCAUUCGAAAAAGCUUCAUCCUCUCAGUCACAGAACCUGACUUGACUAUGUGGUAUAUCGAAAUCAUUGGACUUAAUGGUGUCAUUUUAGGAAUUGUGUUUAAGCUGCUGUGUCACUUCAUUCCUUCUCGAAAAGCUUCCUAUAGGAGGUUCUGAGGGCACAUGCCUGAAGAUUUCAAGUACAACGCCAUGGAAACCGAGAGCACCUCCUCUUCUCUCUCACUGCUUGUGUUAUAAUAUCAUGUCAAAUCUUAUGGUUUGUGAUGUUUACAAUAGCCUGUUUAAACUUUAACUAUUUUUAUAGGCUCCCAUGACAGAAAUAAGACCUUUCUGUGUGUAAAUUUAGAAGAUUUACUGCUUUGAAAAAUGCACUUUACAUUAAAUUUAUUUAAGAAAUAUGCAUUUGUUUUUAAACACGAAUGAGAUACAAACUAUAAAUCGUGAAUGUCCAUGCUAAUUCAUGCAAGAUAAAAACUUUUUGUGUGGUUAACAAAAUUUACUUAAUAAAAAGAAAACUCUGUAACACUUUACAAUAAGGUUGCAUUUAACAAUACUUCAAUGUGUUACCUAACAUGAACUGUCAAUAAACAUUACUUUUAUGGCAUUUCAUGGAAAUUUUAGCAUUUACUUGUAUAUUAAUAAAAUCAAACAUUUCAACUGUUAACAUUAGUUAAUGCACCAUGAACUAACAUGAAUAACUGUAUUGACAUUAACUACUAUUGACAAGAAGGAAUAAAGGCAAAAAAACCAGCAUUGCUCAUUGUUUGUUCAUGUUAGUUAAUGCAUUUACUAAUGUUUACUACCUUAUCGUAAAGUUUUACCGAAAAUUUGUAUCAUUUACAAAUCCAAAAACUGCAUCAUAUUUUUGAAGGAACAUCAUGUUUAAAAUUUUAUUUUAUUAUUUAUAUGUUGAGCAAUAAAAUAUGUGUGUUUAAAACACUUUUACACUCUCAGGAUCGUUCUGUCCUUUUGCUGUUUUAAUUUAUUUUUACACUGUUUAUUGUAUUGAUGCUGUGAGCUUUUUUUGUGUGUGUUUCAUGUGACAGGGUCAUGGCAGCCCUCAAUAAAUUGUGUGUGAUGUCCUGUGACAGAUCAUUGUGUGUAUGUGUCACGUUUGACACCGUCAUGGGUCCUGUCUUGGUUUGCCUUGUUUUAUGUAAUCAUUUAUAUUCUUGCCUUGUUUACCCCCUCGAGGGUGUUUCUGUUAUAUAAUAAAAGUUUUUUGGUUGA